AUGACAAAGACGUACAUCAUGAACGGGCUCAUCGAAAAGAUGCAAUCGUCGGACCAGGACUUCCGAUAUAUGGGCCUAAACGAUCUGAUGAAGGAGAUCGAACAAGAUCCCAAUAGUUUCUACGGUGACGAAACUGUUGAGAUGAAGGUACUGAAGCAAGUCAUGGCACUCGUGGAGGACAAUAUCUCGGAGGUGAAGAACCAGGCUGUCAAAUGCUUGGGGAAACUCACCAAGAUCCUCCGGGAGAACCAAUUGGAUCUUGUUAUCGACAAGCUCAUCGAAUUCUCCGCGGGCAAGGAUGAGGAACUACGAGACAUCUCUGGCCUUGCCUUGAAGACCAUUACAUCGGAACUGCCGGCUGACAAAAGUAUCACGUCGAAAGCCUGCUACAAGCUGGCACCUAAGCUGGUCUCGCAAUUGUCGAAUACUAAGGCGUCGCCAGAAGCCUUGAUCGAGACGCUCUCAAUCCUCUCAAUCCUCACCAGCAGAUUCCCCACUCAGCUCGCUACCGCCAACCUGAACCCCGCGCCGCUUUCCGCGAUCUCUCCUCUGCUAUCCCAUCCUCGCCCCGCCGUGCGCAAACGCGCCAUUAUCACUCUUGCGCAGGUCGUGCCUAUAUCGUCACCACAGCUCUUCACUACCCUGCUUCAGAAAGAUAUCAUUCCGUUUUUGGCGCCCGGAUCCAACUUGGACAAGCAGCGCACAACCGUACAGCUCGUCACUGCUGUGGCACGGCACACUCCAGGUCAGAUAGCACCCUCCAUCAGUCAGAUUGUACCAGGAAUUGUCGAGGCUGCGAAACGAGACGACGAAGAACUUCGAGAGAGUUGUCUACAGGCCUUAGAAGCUCUGGUUCUGCGUUGUCCGAUUGAGGCUAGCCCGUUCGUUGGUAACAUUAUCCAGGUGGGGAACAUAUAUAUCAAGUACGACCCCAACUAUGCUGGCGACGAUGACGAGGACGAGGAAAUGGAGGACGAGGACGAGGAUGAUGACAUGGACGAGUAUGCGGUCAUCUGGUAUGAGGACGAUGAAGACACCUCGUACAAGAUACGUCGUGCGGCCACGAAACUUCUCGCUGCUGUUAUUGGGACCCGUCCCGAUCUACUCGCAGCUCUUUAUAAAGAAGUUUCCCCUGUGCUCAUCUCCCGCUUCGGUGACCGCGAGGAAACCGUGCGGUUAGAGGUAUGGGCGACCUACAAUACCCUCCUUCACCAAACUCGCGUGUUUGGUGGUGUCCAGCCUUCCAAAGACAUCGAAUCAGUCGGCGGUAAGAGAAAGCGUGAAAGUGAAGGUAUGGAGGUCGAGGAGACUCCGUCCGUUCUUCUGCGCGCUCAAGUGCCAAGCCUCUCCAAAACGUUAUUAAACCAGCUGAAGUCAAGGAAGGCGUCGCCAGCCACUCUUCAAUCUGGAUUCGGAAUGUUGUCAACAUUGCUCCUCGUACUUCCUGGCAGCCUCUCCAAUCAAAUUCCAGUCAUUGCAUCGCUCUCCAAGAAUGUUUUCUCGCAGACAUCCAACAAUACCGGAGCUACUCUGCAGCUUUCCUGCCUGACGUUCCUCGCCAGGUUGUUCUCAACCCACUCUCCUCCUACCUUCUCGGCUUCCCUUCCAACAAUCACCCCCGCGUUGCUCAAGUCACUUGCUGAGAGACAUCCCCGCGUCGCGUCGGAGUCUUUUCGCGUCUUUUCCUCGCUUCUCAACGCGAUGAAACCGGUAAAAGGCAAUGACUGGGCGGACCGGGUUUAUGAAGAAUCUGUUCAGAGGCUGAGCAACCACGAUACGGAUGCCGAAGUGCGAGGAUGCGCGGAGGAGUGCAUCGCGGACUUGUGGAUUUGCGCCACAGACGUCGUGAAGAGCAAAGACCGCAAAGAAUGGGAUUAUAUACGUCGGACCACGGGACGAACGGAAGGCGCGGUGAACGUAGUGACUCGCGUAGCGAAAGAAGUGGACGUUGGUGACGACUGGACCAGUGCCUCGAUCGAUUGGGUGAUGACGCUACUCAAGAGAGGCGGACGAGCGGGCAAGCCCGAGGCAUUCACAUGUCUUGAUGCCUUAUUGAGGAAGUACAAAUCGGAAGUUCCUCGCGAUCUUGUAUCCGCCUUGGUUCCCCAACUGAAGGGCUUCCUUGCGACAUCGGAUAUAUCAUUGCUGUCUCACUCGGCCGCCACGCUCACUCUGCUGUUGCAGCUCUCGCCGUCUUCAACAUUCCCCGAGGUUGAGCGGGAUAUCUUGAAGGACGUGUAUGGCGUAGCGGCAUCUCCAUUGGUAUCCGGUACCGCUCUUGAUUCCCUCCUUGGAUUCUUUGGUGCGCUAGUGGAAGCCGACAUGGAAAUAGCCACGCACGUGGUUCCAAACCUGAAGAUCACUGCCGAGAAGGCUGAGGACGGCGAGGUAUCGCAGGCGAACGUAGCGAAAUGUAUCGCACAGGUCGUCAAGAGCCAAUUGGCCAUCGCCGCCGGUACUAUCGCUGAAUUUUCCAAGAACAUCAAGCCUGCCUCUAAGGCGAAGCCACGACAAGUUGUUCUCAGUCUCUUAACCUUGGGAGAAUGCGGGCGUUUCAUUGACAUGUCGAACCAACAAGAUAUCUUCACUCAUGCUAUUAACCACUUUGGUGCAGAGCAGGAGGAAAUACGCACUGCGGCUGCCUUCGCUGCCGGCAAGUCUCAAUGGCUGACACUGAUCCUCCGCAACAUCGCGAUCGGCAACUUACAUUUGUUCCUUCCGGCCAUUGUCAAGCUGGUAAAGAGUGAUCCUCAGAAGCGUUUGUUGUCCCUACACGCUCUCAAAGAGGUCGUCAGUCACACGUCUCAUGGGCAACUGGAGACGGUUGCCGACACCCUGUGGACUCCGCUGUUCGAAAAUUCUGAGAAUGCUGAAGAAGCUACGCGCAACGUCGCGGCGGCGUGCCUUGGAAAGCUCACCACAACACAUCCAUCACAAUACUUGCCGCAGCUUCAUGCACGUAUUCGUGACGUAAAUCCUGCUGCAAGAGCUACUGUCAUCGCCGCCAUCCGCUACACCUUCGCGGACGCCUCGCAAUCGUAUGACGAGUUGCUGUCUCCGCUGCUCGUGGACUUCCUGUGUCUCAUGCAAGACCCGGAUCUCACUGUGCGACGACUCGCUCUGUCCGCAUUGAACUCAGCUGCGCGCACAAAACCGCAUCUCGUUCGGGAGCACCUCGCGUUUAUCAUACCCAACCUUUACUCGGAAACCGUGGUCAAACCUGAGCUUAUCCGCACUGUGCAGAUGGGCCCUUGGACACACAAAGUCGACGACGGUCUCGAUGCCCGCAAAACGGCGUACGAGACUGUGUACACUCUGCUCGACACUUGCCUUCCCAAGUUGGACAUCAACGAACUGUUGGCGCGCGUCCUCAGCGGUUUGGGAGACGAUUCAGACGAGAUCAAGGUCAUAUGCCACAUGAUCCUCUUCCGCCUCUCGCAAGUAGCGCCCACCGCUGUUGCCCAGCGGCUCGAUGAGGCCACGCCAUUGCUUGAGAAAUCGGUCAAGGGUCCCAACGUCACCAAAGAUACAGUAAAGCAGGACGUCGAACGGGCGGCAGAGCUGCGCAGAAGCACUCUUCGCGCGUCUGCGGCGCUUAGCAAGAUAUCCGUUUCUGGCCUGUCGCCCAAGUUUGACGCAUUUAUCGAGGUCUUGCAGAAGAGCGAAUGGGCGACCGAGUUCCGUGAACUGGUAGGCGCUUAA